AUGACUAUGUCUUAUCAGACCCACACCAUGGACCCAAAGCACCCCAUUGCUUUUGCCGGUGCUGGCAGCCACCAUAUGCCCGGAAAUCACGUCACGCACUUCUCUGAGAAUCAAUUGCCCGGCAUGAUGGGCAGCGUUGACAGCUUGAAUAGCGCCAUUAGCCAGUUCCAAGGCAUGACCUUGGGCAACGGCAUGUCACACAACGGCAGCGGUAUGGGACAGAUGGCUGCUGCCCACGCAUACAUGCUUCCCCAGGACUACAUCCUCGCUUCUCAUCUGCCCUCUACCAUGGGAAUGGAUCAACUCCCUCAGGGUCCAUAUGGCCCCGCUGCCGGCGGCUACUUGGCGGCUCCUGGACAAUUCAGCCCUUACGUUCCUUACCCAAUGAUGCCAUUCACCCCUGGCCGUGCUGUCAGUGGUAAUGCGGCUCUCCAGGACCGCACCAACCGAGGUCGCAAUGACCUGCCCGGCCUCGAAAACCGUCGUCAUAGUGGUGGCUCUUACACCACCACCGAGUCUGCUCCCACCACUCCUUUCUACAACGGUGGUAGUAAAAACGACAAGGUUCCUCGCGUCGCUGCACUCGAUCGUUCGACCUACACCACGCCUUCUCCUCAGCAGGUUGGUGGCAAUAUCUUUGUUGAACCUGCUGCCAAGCACAGCGUCAUCAAUAUCCCCGUUGACCGCAACUUGGACGAGCUUCUCAAGAAGGAUCCCGCUGUACCCAAGGCUGUUCCCGCUGUCUUCACCCCUGCCACGCAGAUGAAGACCUUGGACCAAAGCUUGGAGAACCGCAUUCCUGGCAACCGCAACGUUUACAUUCGUGGUCUUCAUCCCACCACUGACGACGAUCUCUUGUUUCGUUUCGCAGCCCGCUUUGGCAACGUAGAGACGUCCAAGGCCAUCAUUGAUACAUCCACAGGUGCCUGCAAGGGCUUUGGUUUUGCCAAAUUCUAUGAUGCCCGCGACUCUGAAAUGUGUAUCCGAGGCUUCCAUCGUCUGGGCUAUGAAGUUGGCUUCGCUCGGGAAUCAUUCAACUCUCGCCUCAAGGCCGAGGGUGACGAGGGCUCUACAAACUUGUACAUUUCCAACCUUCCCAAGAGUUUGACCGAGAAUGACCUCGGCGAUAUCUUCAGAGGCUAUCACAUCAUGUCUUCCAAGAUCCUUCGUGAUAGCAUGGGCAAUAGCCGUGGUGUUGGUUUCGCUCGUUUCGAGUCUCGCGACGUGUGCGAUGCUGUCAUUAAGCAGUUCAACAGCAUCCCCAUCGGCGAGGAGGGAAUGGUGAUGAACAUCCGUUAUGCCGAUACUCCUAGCCAGAAGGAGCUCAAACGGGUGACCGCCGAGCGCCGUCAGUUCCGUACCAACGAGUACAACAUCGGUGCAUACGGCACUCCCCUUGUUGGCAUCCAGCCUAACAUGUACAACCAGCCGGCCUGGAAGCGUGCCCUGCACGCUACCGUCAACACCGGCUACGCACCUCGCUCCAUGACUGGCGGUCUUGAUCGAAUGGGCAAGAUGGUCAAGUCUGAUGGCUACCAGGCGGGCACUGUUCAGGGAAUUCCCCAGUCACCUGCUGCGAACCCUGUUGCCGACACCGUGUCUGACGACAGCGACGAAGGCGUAACGAUCCAUGCCGACUCGGCCACCCCCGUCAUCGUCAGCACUCAGUCUUCGCCAAUUUCGAAAAAGGAGCAUAAGUGA